CGGCGAUCUCCGUGAUCGCUGUGUCCUACGGACACAGCUGAUCACGUGAUGUGGUAAAAGGCCAAUCACACCGGCCUUUUACCACGUGAUCAGUGGUGUCCAAUGACACGCUGAUCAGAGGGAAAUGCAAGUGCCGGGCACUGAUGAUCAGUGCCCUGAUGAUCUGUGCCCAGCAGUGCCACCCCGCAAGUUCCGCCUACCUGUGCCCUGCAGUGCGCCCACUAGCUCCACCCACCUGUGCCCAGCAGAUCACCCACCUGUGCCCACCUGUGCAGCAGUGCACCCACCUGUGCCC